AUGACGGCCAUAUUCCUGGGCCUCGUAAUCCUCGUCGUGGCCGCGCUGCUGGCCGCCAUUGGUGUGAGCGUGACGAUCAACACGCGGAGGCUGCGCGAGAAGACGGCAGUGCUGGCGGCGCUCAAGGAGCAGGCGGAGGUGGCGGAGCGCAACAAGAGUGUGUUUGUUGCCAACACCGCGCAUGAGCUGCGCACGCCCAUCAAUGGCAUGGAAGGCAUGCUCAAGCACCUGGACGAGAGGGGGCUGGACGAGGAGCAGAAGGAAGACGUGGGGGCAGUGGUGGAGCAGGCGGAGAAGAUUCUGAGCCAUAGCAUGUCAACACGUGUGGUGGUGGGGGACUACCUUCGCCUGCAGCAAGUGGUGGACAGAAUAGUUGACAACGCCGUCAAGUUCACGAGCAGCGGAGGCGUGUGCGUGCGGGUGCAGUGCCUUCCCCCCCACACCCACAUCCCCGCCCACCUGCUCUCCCUCGGCUGCCUCGUCACUGAACCCACCCCCUGCUGCUCCUCGCCUGCCGCUGCUACCACUGCUGCAAAACCCGCUGCUGCUGCUACUGCUGCUACUGCGAGUGCAGCUGGGCAUCGGGUGGGAGCGGGAGAGCCGCUAAUUAGGGCGUCGUUGUGGGAGCAGGUGGGGCAGCGAGGGCUGGCGAGGGUGGUGACGGGCGCAUGCAGUGAGUGGGUGGUCCAGCGAGGCCUGGCUGCGCAGUGCCUGGGGUGCUACUGGCGCAUGCCCCCGGUUCAGGAGGGGGGGCCGGAGCAGGAGGAGAGCGAGGAGAAGGGGGGGCGUGAGGAGAGGGAGGAGGGGGAGGAGAGGGUAAGCGUUCAGGAACAAAGUGAUGCGUACCAAGAAAGCGGGGGAGAUGGGGGAGGCGAGAGGCCUGGGGGAGCCCAAGUGGGCGAUGCGGGGUGUAGAGAGACAGGCGCAGCGGUGAUCCCUCUGCGACCACGUGCUGCUGUGCACGGAGCAGCGAGUGCUGGUGAGGAUGCUGGGAGUGCAGCAGGGAGCACAGCUCUAGGGGAUGGUGCUGUGGGCUCGUGGAGGAGAGCUGUGGGGCGGUGUUGGCGCGCACGGGGCAGGGAGCAAGGCACGGAGGCAGAGGGGGGAGGUGACAGGCGGUGUGUGGUGGUGCUGACGUGUGAGGACACAGGGUGUGGCAUCGCAGAGGAGGUGCAGCGCCACGUGUUUCAGGCGUUCAUGCAGACCCGUGCGCACGGAGGCAGCGGCAUGAGCCUGCACUUGUGUCGGCAGCUGGUGGCGCUCAUGGGAGGCAGCAUUGGGCUGCUCAGCACAGAAAGUCACGACACCACCCUGCAUGUCACUCUGCCCAUGGCCGUUGCUGCUGCCACUGCUGCUGCACCUGUGGGUGGUAACCCGGGUUUAGCCAGCGCCAACACCUCUGGGCCACAGGCUACCUGUGCUGCUUCCUCCUCUUCUGGCGACGAAGCAGCUGUCCCAAGGGCAGUGGAGACGAAGAGUGCGAGUGAGAGUCUGAAGGAGUUGCUGCAGGGCAAGGCGAUUCUGGUGAGAUGCAGGGCAAGGCGAUUCUGUGAGAAGCGCAUGCUCACUCCGACUCCGUCUCCAAUCUGCCCUGCUCUCGUCCCCUCUCCACCCCUCCUCUAUCCCCUGUGCGCACCCCCCCCUCUAUCUCCUGUGGUGGACGACAACGCCAUCAACCGGCGGGUGGCAGCCAGCACGCUGGCGCGGUACGGGGCGCAGGUGGCGCUGGCAGAGUCGGGCGACGCCGCGCUGCGCCUGCUGCAGGCGCCCCACUCCUUCCGCCUCGUGCUCAUGGACCUCCAGAUGCCCGGCCUCGACGGUUUCCACACCACCGCUCGCCUGCGCGCCCUCGAGGCCCAAGCCAACACAGCCCAGGAGGGUUUGCAGGGAGGGCAGGAGGCUAAGGAGGAGCAGGGGGGGCAGGGGAGUCAAGGCGUGCAGUGCAUGGCAGAGGUGGGGAAGAGGGGGACGGAGGGCGGGUCGAGGGGCUGGCAGGGGCAGCAGCACAUCCAUGUGGUGGCCAUGUCAGCAGAUGUGGACAGCACUGUUGCCGCCCGUGCCACACAGGCUGGCAUGGAUGGUGCUGUGCAGAAGCCACUCAACGAGAGGCUGCUGCUGCAGGUGCUUUCAACACUAAAUGGUUUGUAA